UGAUUCAAAAUGUCUUCAAGUAAAAAACCAUUAAGCGAUCUAAUGGACAUAGACACCAUGGAUAAGGCGACGCGAAGAGUCAUAGCCCCAUAUGUCAGACUCUUACGAAAAAGCAAGGCGACCUUAGAUGAGAAAACAAAGGAAAGCAAAAAGUUCAGUUUUUACUUGCAAAACAAACCAAGUGUGUUAUUGCACGACCUUUCCUCAUUUUUAUCUGAUAGUGUGGAUUUAGCUUCCGUAUUACAGGAGACAGCAAAAGUACUGAAACUUAUUACUAAGGCUUGCGGUGUGAUAUUGUACAUGGUUGACACUGCUUCAGAAGAAAUAUAUCAGGUGCCUAAAAAUGUGACUGAUGAAAUUCAUAGAGUCAACUGGAAGAUUCAAAAAGGAAGCACUGUAGCAGCUUAUGUGGCAUUAAAAAAGGAAUAUGUAUUAGUAGAAGACAUUCUUGUAGAUGAACGGUUCCCAGCAGGACUGGGUUAUCAAGGCACUCAAAAUUGUGUAAUUUCAAAUAAAGUUGCAAACUAUUUACUUAUUGUAGAUGAUAUGGUGAAGUCGGUGCUCUGUGUUCCUAUUGUAGCAACAGAUGGAGACUGCUAUGCAGUCGUCGAAAUGUACAGAAAUGUCCCAGAACCUCCAUUUAACAAAGAAGAUUUGAAAAUAACAAUAGUGAUGGCAGGUUGGAUGGGCGCUGCCAUUCAUCAAAACCGCCUCAGAUUGGCCCUACAAAAGCAGCAAGAAUUAAAUGAUUACUUGCUGGAUUUAACUAAGUGUUAUUUCGCGGAUAAUGUUCCACUGGAGAAAUUGAUCACCGAAAUAGUAAAGUUCGCCAAGACGACAUUAGGCGCAGAACGUGGAAGUUUUUUCAUCAUCGAUCCUGAAAGCGAUUAUAUGACUGCUGAAGUCUUUGACGAAGGUGUUGAUGGUGUUAGUACAACCAUGCAUAGAAAAAAUAUAAAAGUACGGCUUGCCAAAGACAGAAGUAUCCCAGGACUAGUAGCGAGAACCGGCGCUACAGUUAACUUGAGAGAUGCUUAUAACGAUCCUAGAUUUUUUACUGCCGUCGAACCAAAGACUGGAUUUAUUACUAGAUCUAUCCUUUGUAUGCCCAUUGUUAGUGUGGAUAAUAUUUUGGGAGUCGUUCAAGUAGUAAACAAGCUAAAUGGUGUAGUUUUUACACCAUCGGAUGAAGACUUAUUUAAGACAUUCUCAGUCUAUUGUGCUUUGGCACUGCAUUACGCGAGACUAAACAACAAAAUGAUAAAGACUGGGUUGAUUAACGACUCAAACUUGAAACUCCUCGGAAUUCAAAUUAAGCCGUGUAUACAUGAUAUCGAUGAAUUUGAAAAAAAGACAGAUGUCCCCAUUCCUGCUGGUUUUAAUGACUUUAGGUGGUAUGUAUCAAUUGAUGAAGAGCCGAUAAUGCCACAAUUGAUAUUCUACAUGAUGAAGACAAUCAUAGAUUUUAAGGAUGUGAAUCUAUCCAAGCUAAGGGAGUUUAUUUUAACAGUGAGAAAGUGCUACAGACCAAAUCCAUAUCACAAUUGGGAGCAUGGAUUUAAUGUAGCGCACUGUAUGUACAAUAUUCUAAUAAGGAAUAAAGAUAGAUUUACUGAUGUAGAGAUUAGAACAUUAUUGAUAGCGAGUUUAUGCCAUGAUCUAGAUCACGGUGGAUAUACAAAUAACUUCCUGCAAAUGACAGAUGACACUCUGGCGCAAUUGUAUGAUGAAUCGUUUCUAGAGAAUCAUCAUUAUAGAGUGACUAUGGCCUUAUACCAGAUUUGUCCAUUUUAUGAAAUUUCAAACAAGCUAUUCCAACUGAUCAACAUAGAAAUGAAACAAGCAAUAUUGUCAACCGAUUUAUCUUACUACUUCCGAGCACGCAUGAAACUGAUGCAAAUACAAAACCAACAAGGAAUUGAUUGGUCUGAUAGACAUCACAGAACACUGGUGAAGGCAAUUAUGAUGACAAGUUGUGAUUUAUCGGGAUCCUGUAAACCUUUCCUGGUGGCUAAGAUGAUCACUGAAAAACUUUACAAGGAAUUUUAUUACCAAGGGGAUAAGGAAAAAGAAAUGGGUCUAGUUCCAUUGUCUAUGAUGGACAGGGAUAAGUCAGCACAAGUACCAGAAGAUCAAGUUCAAUUUCUGUCUGUAGUAGUGUUGCCUUGCACAGAUCUAUUAAAAUCAGUAUUUCCUAAUUGUGAAGAUUUAAGUGCGGAAGCAUUACUUCUUAGAAAAACUUGGCAAGAAAUAAUUAACUUAAAGGGACAAAAAUGUUGGAGGCAAGAUGAUUCCAUUGUUAAUCCAAUUGACUGAAAAAUAUUAGCACAUAAAUAAAUUUAUUUUUUGAGUAAACAGUACAUAACUUGCUUUUUAUAUUAUUGAUCUACUUACACUAUAAACUUAGUACUUACAAUAUGAACUUAUUGGUAAAACUGGACAAAUUUUGCUUAAAAUAUAUAAACUAACCAGAAGGAUACCAAGUAUAUAUAAAAAACAAAA